CUUUCUUUUAAGUACUCCGUAGAUUUUCUGAUUUGAGAAGACAAACAAUUGAACAAACAAAACAAAGGUUGUUUCAGUUAAAACAACAAUGGAGGUUUCAUGUUUUCCAGCCACAUCAAAAGGAACUCACUCCCUUUUCCCUUCUUCAUCAGAAUUGCUAAAGGGGGUAAGGAUAUCUCCAUGGCAUCAAGCUUAUGUAUCCGUAGCGUUGACUAGUAAAAGAAAACAGCCGUUGCUUUAUGCCGUCACAUCUAACUUUCAAAAUAAAGGCACUCUAAAGGUUGCUUCCCACCUGUUUCAAGUAUCAUGUAGCCGCAAGAAUGAAGCUUCUCUACUGGAAGCCAGAUCUAUGGAUGAGGUGUAUGAUUCUCUGGCGGACCGUCUUCUUCCUACUGCAGCCGUGACAGCAAACCCCAACUUUAAGUAUAUAGUCGGCUUGGCUGGUCCUCCUGGUGCCGGAAAAAGUACGGUGGCCCACGAAGUGGUUCAGCGGAUAAACAAGUUAUGGCCCCAAAAAUCACCUUCCAUGGACGAACAAGUAGGAUCACCAGAUAUUGCUACUGUUCUCCCCAUGGAUGGAUUUCAUCUUUAUCGUAGUCAACUAGAUGCGAUGGAGGAUCCCAAAGAGGCUCAUGCAAGAAGAGGAGCUCCGUGGACAUUUGAUCCGGCAAGGUUACUUAAAUGCCUCCAAAGUUUGAGGAGUCAGGGAUCCGUUUGUGCACCAUCAUUUGAUCAUGGCGUGGGAGAUCCUGUUGAAGAUGACAUCUUCGUCUCCCUUCAGCACAAAGUUGUGAUUGUAGAAGGAAAUUACUUGCUCCUAGAUGAAGGGGUUUGGAGCGAUAUUUCUUCUGUCUUUGACGAAAAAUGGUUCAUCGAUGUUGACCUUGAUUCAUCUAUGCAACGGGUUCUGAAGCGGCAUAUGUCAAAGUCUGGGAGGUCUCUUGAUGAAGCGAAAUGGCGGAUCGAGUACAACGACCGUCCCAACGCCGAGAUGAUUAUGAAGUCGAAGAAAAACGCAGACUUGGUUAUAAGGUCAAUCGAAACCUCGUAAGCUCAUCAUCAAUCAUGAGCAUAAUUUUGACCUUCACUCGAUAAACUCAGGGAAAUAAAACGGAGACACGGGAAAAAGUCAUAUAGGGGUUGAAAUAAGUUCUUUGCUCUAGUUUACUUAGAAAUGUAGCCACUAUUUUGACUUUGACUUUGCGUUUGACUUUGACUUAGAAGUUGCUCCUCCUAAAUCCUUGGAUCUCUCUAAGAAAGUUCAAAAUGUCAAGUUGUCAUAUUUGUAGAAAAUUGUAACAUUUCUAAAUAUAAAUGCUAUAAAUAUGUCAUAAAAAUGUCACACUUUUGAUAGUUUCCAUAAAGGGUAAAGUGGGAAAUUGAGCUAUGUGUGAUCCAAGA